GUCGAGGGCAGCCGCGGCAGAGCCCUGCUUAGCCAAGCAACCCGGCCUCUGAGGCCAGGAGCCUAGCGCUUCACCCAGCCGACGCGUUCAACGCGAUUCCACCACCAGGCUCCCCGGAUCAAAGAGAUGGAAAUCGUGCCCGAGGGGAAAAACUUCCGAUUGGUAAAAGAAGACGAGCUCCCAGCGUUGGCCGAUUUAUUGGUGCAAUAUAUGCCUGAAUCACUUAAGUUUCAUCAAACGAUUCAAACAUAUCUAAACAACAAGGUUUGGGACUUCCAUUUUUAUGUAGCGAAGAACUGGCCGGAGGACCCUAUUUGUCUUCACUUCCCGGGAUGUACCAGUACGCCGAAUAGUCUCACAUAUGAGAGCGUAACGGUGUUCUGCCCCUCGGAGCGCGUGGAGCUGGUCGACCUGUUGACCUCUGAGGACAUACUGUUGGACCUCAGCAAGCCGCUCUACUUGAACUUCACACAUGAGGCGAUCGUGAACAGAUUCGAGAAGCGCUAUGAAGCCCACGAUAAGAUCACCGGCGAUGUAUAUGUAUGCGACAAGCCGCCGGAAGACACUGGAGCUGAUGAUUUGCCACCGGACGUGGAGCUAGUUCGCUUAAAGCCAGAGCACAUGAAAGCGGUACACGACUUGUAUCCAGCGAGCGACAUAGAGUGUUGUGAAGUCUUCGAGAAGCUGGUCGCUGAGCUGCCCGCGUACGGCAUCUUCGUGGAAGGCCAGCUCGCAGCGUGGAUGGUGCAGUCGUACUACGGUGCCAUGUUCUCCAUGCAAACGAGACCAGAGUUCCGGAGAAAAGGCUACGGCAUAUAUCUUGCUAGGCGUCUCACUAAAGAGGUCGCUGCUCGCGGCUACAAGCCCUUCGUAGUCAUUCGUCCGGAAAAUGACGCCUCCCGUUCUCUCUACUCGAAGCUCGGUUUUGAGAAACGUUUCCGAACUGUGCGCGCCGUUUUGCGCCCCCGCUAAAUCAACGUUGAUGUCUAGCAGAUUUUAUUUUUUUAAGACUUUUGAAAAAAAAAAAUCAAUUUAGCUUGCGAUCUUUGAUCGCUUAGAGUUUUAGUAGUAGCUUAAGAUCAGGGCGGCUAGUGUUCUCGUUCUUCGCCAUUACAAAUCAGCGUCACGUUUCACUUAAGAUUACUACACAGUACUUAUAUAUGUAGUUCUAAUAGUAAAAUAUAUUUAUUCACACAUGAGGCAUACUAAUAAUGAUAAUUAUGUACAUAAGCUCCCUGCGAUACCUUGAAGUGUUAGCGAAAAGAGCGAGAGCCACGGCCGACGCUGUACUGUGCCAGCUUAAAUUCUGGUCUUGAUGGAACCAAAAUAAUAAUUGAAUAUAACUAUAACGGUGUCUUUUAAACUGAAACAUCAGUAUUGAAAUGUACUGUUGACCCUCUCAUUCUCUUUGAUAGUAUAGAGAUAAAAUUAUAUCUUUCCACAGGUUCAGGUGUUUCGUGAAUGGACUUAUUGUCUGUGCCUCAAUUACUUGAUAUUGUUAGCAGUUUUAACCUUACUAGUAACGUGGGCGCGUUUCUUCGGCGCCCCCUUUUUUCUAUGCCUGAAAGAGUUCCCAUCUUAGGGAGGGUUAAAAGGGAUACGUGAGAUCAUGUAAUUCGCCUAACCUAACGCCGGUACUGACUCAACUUUCUAUCGUUUAGAUCUCAUUCAAUCUCAUCAAGCGGAAUCGUGUUGACUCUUCUUUAAAUUACUGGGACCUGUUUUGAUCUCAAAUAAGCCUAUGAAACGGAAGUUUACCUUCAUUAAUUGCAUUUAAAUUGCACAAUUAAUCUGACACUAAAAUGUAGGAGCACUUUGACGCAAUAACAAUUUUAUAAAAUAACAAACAAAUUAAUUACGUUAGAACUUUUGUAGGAUUUCUUAAGAAUUUUUACUUUGGGUAUGAAAAGGAUAACGGUUUAUAGUGUUAUUGAUAAUUUUGUAUUUUUAUUUUAGUGCAAGUGAUGUCCAAAUACUUAAGCGUGUAGUCACUUCGUUAAUUUGAUUGAUAUAGAUAAACUAUGUAUUCUAUUUAUAUGUGAUUUGCUAUUUAGGAAUGAAAAGAUGUAUACGAACUGAAAACUAUUAUGAUACAAUAAAUUUCGGAAAGAUGUCGACAGUUUAAAAAAAACUUCGUGUUAUAAGUGUAAAAAUACAUAAGCAGUUUUCAGUUUAUAUAGCUUUUCCAUAUACUCGGUUUUAUAUGAAUAUUGUUGGAUAUUGAAAACCAUAUAAAAUUUGAUACGAAAAGUAGAUAGGUAGGUAUUUUAAUAUGGUAAUCUAUUUUACAAUUAUAUAUCAAAUUAUAGAGAUAUUAUUGGAAUGUAUGCUGAUCGUGUUAUAUAAAAGGAAGAUGGCUUAUGGUCUUUACUUAUUAGUUCCGUAUUUUUAAUUAUAUUUCUUUCUUAAGAAUUGUUUUGUAAACGUAUAUACUGUAAUGAUAUAAAUAAUGCAAAGCUGGAAUAUGUAAAUGAAUACGGAUAAAUUAACGGAUUGGCAAAUUGAAUCGUAGAAAAAAAUAACGCUACUAAGAAAAAAAUUUAGGGUGCAUUAUGACGUUAAGAAAACUGCCAAGAUCAAUGUACGAAAAUAUUGUUAUUUAUCCAUCGAUAAAAACCCAUUGGUCCACAUUUUAAUAGAAAAUUACGUGCAAUAAUUACAUAUAUCUUGUUAAAUUUUCUACGCUAAUUAAAAUAUAUGCAUAUUUAAAUGGUCCUCUUAGUCACGGCUACGCCAAAUUUUGAGCUUUUUUUAACAUUACUCUGUCACUUAAUUAUUCGGAUUCAAAAUUUGCUCAAUGCAUAGAGCUUCCAAGAUAUUUGUUUAAGUUGUAGCGUCCCAUCUAAUUUUAAGCGUUUUGCCAAAUUUUUUGUAAAAAUUAUUUCAGUUAUUUGUGCUUGUAACUUUUUAAUACUCUCCCAAAGGAUAUUGAAAUAACAAAUGUUUCCAUGAAAAAAAAUACACAUCCGAUUUUUUUUAUGUGAAACAACGGACAAAAAUAACACAUGGUAAAUAAAGAGUACUUCAUUGCAAACAAUCGUUUAACAAUAUGUACUGUAACACAGCAAGUUAUUAAUUCAAUUACAUAUAAAAUCUCAUUAACACAUCCAAUCAUGCUAAAAGCUUUUCCACUUGCCUACUUUUUAAGUAGGUACUUUCAAUUAAGUAGUUUGAAGAUUUCUUGAAAUUGUAAUUAUAAGAACAUUUUCUGAACAUUUCUCUCUUGCCUAACAAAUAUUUGAAAAGGACAAAUUUCCGUCCUCGAUUGCAGUUGACGCAGUGUAAUGCAACACGAUUUAAUCAAGAUGUAUUUCUACAGCUACAUACAUGACGAA